CUGACGCUUAGUCACAUGACCCACUAUCAGCUGACUACAGUUUCUACUGUCAGCGUCGCUGAACGACCUCUGCGAUUAAAAUAAGACCUUUUUCUCUGGUGUUGUUCGUUUAGUCAUGGCAAGCCAGUCGCAAGGUAUCCAGCAGCUUCUGCAGGCCGAGAAGCGAGCGGCGGAGAAGGUCGCGGAAGCCCGGAAGCGUAAGAACCGCCGGCUGAAGCAGGCCAAGGAGGAGGCGCAGGCCGAGAUUGAGCAGUACCGACUGCAGAGGGAGAAGGAGUUCAAGACGAAAGAGGCUGCGGCGCUGGGUUCCCAUGGUAGCUCCGCGGUGGAGGUCGACAAGGAGACCGCCGACAAGAUGGAGUGCAUCCAGAAGAGCUACCAGCAGAACCGAGAGGCAGUGCUGGGAAACCUGCUGAAGAUGGUCUGCGACAUCAAGCCAGAGAUCCACGUCAACUAUCGUGUGGCAGGAUAGAAUGCUGCACCUCCCAAACACAAUCCUUUCAGAUCAGGAGGUGCUGAAAUAAAGACUUUCACUGCACGGGAAUACAGGUCAUUGAUCACUUAAGUAAGAUGUACCAAGUUGUUGCAAAUAUUUAUGACGCAGUGUCCUCCGCCCUGCUUUGAACUGUAGUCCCCACAGCACAGUUAAAACUGAGGUUAACCCACCAGAGAUAUGAUUCAUUUUAUAAAGGAUAAGAUGCAUUAUUGUGUUUUGAAAGGAUUCUUGUGAGUGUGAUCAAACAAUUCAUGCAGUGUGGGGUAAUUAUUUUAAACAACAGAUGAGUAGACUUUGACACAAGACUUGGUGCAGUGGAAGUCUCUAUCAGCGCUGAUCUUGUAACUAGGUAGGAGUAUGACUAUAAAUUGUUGUUGUGAGGGUUAUUGCCAUGCUUGUCUUGAUAUGCAUAGUGCUGUUACUUUAACCUAUAUUAAAUGAAUUUGGUUACAUUGUCACAUGAAACUGCAUAAAUGCCGCGAUACAGUAUUCUCCUGUAUUCUUGGUAAAUCUUAAGGACUUGGAAGCAUUUUCUUUCCUUGUCACAGUGUCUGAGUGUUUAAAUGUAAACAUUUACUUCAACCCCACACCUGUCCUCAGUCCUUAGUCAUUUCUAUGUAGUUCACAUUCCACUGUAGAGAACUGCUGUAUCCGCAUAGUGAUGAAAAUGUUCUGGUGGUUUGAUUUUUGAAUAAAUUAUAUGAAACGAU